UGAAUUUCCCUUCCAAAUGGCAUAUUAAAGAAAAUAUGCAAUAAGAAGGACAAGACAGUAGUUUUGUCCAAAACAAAUGAGAAAUUGAAUUUGGUUUGGUUUUGAUAGUUGUUAUGGCGGGGGCAAAGGAGAGGAGAGUUGGUUGGGUGUCUGACGAUCCCCUAUUCUCAAGCUCGUUUCCCACGACCGCUUUUGCCGCUCACCCGGUCGUGUUAUGCUCAUCAUUUCACGCCUCUCUCUCUUUUUGUGCCCUUGGGUUCUCUCUUCUUUGGCUGAAUAAUCAACCUAUCACCCCCACCCCUACUUUAAGACUUUUGGAUCAUGCACGUUCAACUCGCUGCUUGAUUUUUGCUCAUUUGGGAUGGGAAGGGUUAAGCUAAAGAUAAAGAAGUUAGAGAACACAAAUGGCCGUCAAGCGACCUUUGCCAAAAGGAAGCAUGGUAUCAUGAAAAAGGCUAAUGAGCUAUCUAUCCUAUGUGAUGUAGAAAUUAUCCUCCUUAUGUUCUCCCCAACUAACAAGCCUUCCUUAUGCAUUGGGAAGCGCAGCAGCAUUGAGGAGAUCAUUGAAAAGUUUGCUCAACUCACUCCACAGGAACGGGCAAAAAGGAAGUUGGAAAGCCUUGAAGCAUUGAAAAAAACAUUCAAGAAGUUGGAUCAUGAUGUAAAUAUUCAUGAAUUUCUGGGUACAAGUACACAAACAAUAGAGGACCUGACUAACCAAGCAAGGUUAUUGCAGACUCAGCUUUCUGAAAUUCUUAGGAGACUGAGCUGUUGGACUAACACAGUCAAGAUCAACAAUGUAGAACAUUUGAGGCAAAUGGAAGAUUCACUCAAGGAAUAUCUAAAUCAAAUUCAGGUCCAUAAGGAAAAUCUAGGAAAGCAGCAGCUUCUAUCGUUAGAAUGCACAAGUCAGCUCCAAAAUAAAAUGCAUGUACCCCUUGGAAUGAGCAUUGAGCAACAGCUUCAACAUCUUGCAUGGAUGCCUAAUAACGACAGGAGACACAUGGCCUUAUCAGAAGACCCUAAUUUGAUUCCCCUCAGGGAUGUGGAGUGUUCUGCAAGUUCCUCCUUUGGAAGUUAUUCGGGUUACUUUGGCACUGCUAAAAAUUCUGAACUUUCUAGUUCUGGACAAGAAAAUGGCAUCCUUAACAAUUUGAGUGGAAAUGCAUCAUCACAGCUGCAACUAGGUGGACAAUGCCCCUUCUCUUACAAUCUUAAUAUACUGAAUGAUCCUAUAUUCCCUCCAGUGGCAGGGAUGAACUUCCAGGAAACUCCAGCAGAUUAUCAUGUUAAUGGAGCUCUAGAAGGUCCUAGAGCUGGAUAUGACACUACCCAAGGUAGUUGGGCUUCCACUUCUGGUCCUUGUGCUGUUGCCAUGUUUGAUGAGCCAUUGUAUUCCCGACAACUAAACUGAGGUGCAGAAGACUGAUGCUACCAUUCAUCCCAUCCACUGAGCAGGCUAUGGAGAACUUGGUAAUGUGCAUGUGAAAUUCACCCAAUCCUCGGAAAUUUGACUAAAUAUUUCACAAUGGUUUUCACUGCCAAGCUAAACUUGGAAUCGGCCAAUGAGAUGUAUAGCACAACUACACAACAUAGGAAUUGCCUUAAUAGUGAUAAACUGCAGAAUCGAGUGGUGCUGACCCCAACCAAAUGAGGCACCACGUUUCUGUUAUAAUUUCUGUAUACUAAUCAUUUCUACUAGUAGUAGUAGUAGGUUUUCUUGACCUAUUUUUGCCUUUACCUUUUGAUUAUUAGGGUUGCUAAUGGCAUUCACUGCCUUCCCUGUCAAUUUUAUGCUGUAAAUAAAACAAAUGUAGCAAAAAACAUUGACUGUAAAUGAAAAAAAAAUAUUAAUUAUAGUAAAUCCCUGUCAAUUGCAGAAGUAUAGUUGAGAUAAUCUAUUUCUAUAAAAAUCACUAAUUAUAGUACUCUUGACUAUAAUUAGACUUCAGAGAGAAACUAGGCAAUAUUGAGUAAGCAUUAAUCUCCUUUAUGCAAUUCGAAGUUGAUACCAGGUGGCAUUAACUGUAGCAUCUCUGAGGGCAUGAAAGCAUCUUCUUAACAGAGUCUAUAUUGAAAUUGACAUAAAAAUGCACGGACUCAACAAUGUCCGGAGAUUGGGACAUCACCCCCCCCCCCCUUUCCCCACCAAGCCACGCUGGAUCACACUACUUUAAAACACCAAGAUUCUCUAAUGCAAUGAAAUGCCUCUUAAAUCUUCUACAAUCCAGACAGGAUUCAUACCACGUGCUGGCCAAAGCCUACGAGGACAAGAAAACUUCGACAUGCUAAUCAAAAGGAGGUGGUAAAAUAUUAGACAUUUGAUCAAAGCAACAUCUCCACAGAUCAGCUGGAUUUUGAUAUGGUAGUGACUUUUUGAAUGAAAAAGACAUCCGGAAGCCAUGUUUAGGGACCCUGGUAAAGUUUUGAUGAUGCUCAACUGUCUAUAUAGUACAACAGUUGGAGAUUAACAGUUCAAGCAACAUGAAUCAUCAUGGCAAUAGUGGAAAAGUCAGUGUAUCGAUUGUUUGGGAAUGGGCUUCAGGAAGAGCCUGGUUCAAAGGUCCAAAGUGAAUUUGGGAGUAGCCCAUGUCUUCUCCGCUGAUGGCAAAGCACAUUUUGAAAUCCAAAUUUUAUCUUUAAAAAAAAAUGUAAAAGGCAAGCAUUAUCUAUUUUUUCUUGUUUU